AACCUUCAGGUUCUAAUUUGCACAACGAGUACCCGAAAGAGAUCAAUGAUGGGUAACCUGAAUCUCUGAGCAGUUCGAUUCAUUCCUUUAUAAUACACAAACAUGGCUUCUCUUCCCUCUUCAUCAUCCCAUCGAAUUGAAGUGUUUUGGCACGAAGGAAUGCUCAAUCAUGAUGCAGGAACCGGCGUUUUCGAUUCCGCCAUGGAUCCAGGGUUUCUCGAUGUCUUGGAAAAGCAUCCUGAAAACUCAGAUCGGGUGAAGAACAUGGUUUCCAUCCUCAAAAAGGGUCCUAUCUCUCCUUAUAUCUCCUGGCAUACAGGAAGACCUGCUCAGAUUCCUGAACUGCUCUCCUUUCAUACUCUAGUGUACAUAAAAGAACUUGUUCAAGCGGAAGAAGCAGGGAGUGGUAAGACACUCUGCGCGGGCACUUUCUUGAACCCUGGCUCUUGGGAUGCUUCCCUUCUUGCUGCUGGUACUGCACUCUCAGCAAUGAAGUGCAUACUAGACGGGUACGGGAAGAUUGCCUAUGCAUUAGUUCGUCCACCUGGUCAUCAUGCUCAGCCUACUCAAGCUGAUGGUUAUUGCUUCCUUAACAAUGCUGGUAUUGCUGUUCAAUUGGCUUUAGACUCUGGCUGCAGGAGGGUUGUAACAAUUGACAUCGAUGUCCAUUAUGGAAAUGGAACUGCGGAGGGGUUUUAUCACUCCGAUAAUGUUCUUACAAUCUCUCUUCAUAUGAAUCAUGGUUCGUGGGGACCAUCGCAUCCGCAAAGUGGAUCCAUUGAUGAACUUGGUGAAGGUGAAGGGUUAGGUUUUAACCUGAAUAUACCUCUACCUAAUGGAACUGGUGAUCGGGGAUAUGAGUAUGCCAUGAAUGAAUUGGUUGUCUCUGCUGUUCAGAAGUUUGAGCCAGAAAUGAUGGUUCUGGUUAUUGGCCAAGAUUCUAGUGCUUUUGAUCCUAAUGGAAGGCAGUGCUUGACGAUGGAGGGUUAUAGGGAGAUUGGAAGGAUAGUACGUAAACUGGCUGAUAAGCACAGUGAUGGACGCCUUCUGAUUGUCCAGGAAGGUGGAUAUCAUAUUACAUAUUCAGCAUACUGUUUACAUGCAACGCUUGAAGGUGUUCUCAACCUCCCAGUUCCUCUAUUAUCUGAUCCCAUUGCUUAUUAUCCAGAAGAUGAGGCCUUAGCAGUCAAAGUUGUUGACUCCGUCAAGCAACACUGGAAAAAUAUUGUACCAUUUUUCAUAGAAGAUCAAUCAGUUAGGUAUGGUCUCUCUUUAUCAUUUUUGGAGUAAGCUGAACCUCUCCAA